AUGAUAACUAAUUGCUUAAGUUAGUAUUAUAACAAUUACUCUAAUCAGAGUGAGAAAAAGUUGUAUUCUGAAGGGUUCAUCGGAUCCUAAAUAAUGUUUGAAAAGUUCUAUAUUACAAUGUUUGAAAAUUUUCAUUCUUAAUUUGGUAUCGACAAUCCAAUGAAAUUAAGAGGAGGAGGAUGUGGAUAAUUAAAAGCUAAAAAUCAUAAUCAACUUUUGCAUUUAGAUUCAGUUUAAUUACCUGAUAAUUUUCUUAUCUAACUCAAUAAUUACCUAAAGUUUAUAGUAGAUGAAGCUCCACUCCUUUUUGACGCAACUAAGAAAAAUAAAGUUAUCAAAAGAAUAUAAUGGUUUAUUUAUAAUAGGGAACACUUGAAUUAUUUAUGUAAUAAUGAAAAAGUUAUAUUCAAUUUUUAUGAAAUGGCAAAAGCAAAUUUUGAAAACUUAUUGACAGUCCUUGUUACAUAUUUAAGAAGUUCUUGGUUUGUUUGUUAUUAAGUACUAUAGAUUUGUAAUGAUUUAUUAAGAGUUAUUUAUACCUUCUUAGUGAGUGAAUCGAAAAGAUUCUUAAAGGAAGAAGAAAAAUAAGAUUAUAUCUCUAAAUUAUCUAAAUUUGAAACUUAAUUAGAAAUCGAAUAGGCAAAUGUUUGGAAGACAGGACUGGAAUUUGAAAUUAAAAUAAUGAAAAUUAUGAUUUUGAAUUCUAAAACUGAUUCAACCCAAGGAAAAGAUGUUUUAAUAAACUUUUUCAAAGAAGUAGGAAAAUCAAUUAUCUCAUUAUCACCAUCAGAGAAUUUACUUUCAACAAUAAUUGAAGGGGGAAAAUAUAUUCUAAACUAAGGAUUUGAAAAAAAAUCAUAUCCAAUAGAAACUUAUUAGAUUUAUUACUUAUUUUAAUUAAUUAAAUGGUCAAUAAUUAGAUAAUUAAAAUCUCGAAAUUCAGUUUACAAAUAAAUAUAGUAAUUAAAGGAUCUUUUUUAAUAAUAUAUAUUAGAAUCUGAUAAUUGGAUUUUACAUUAUAGUUGGAUAUAAAUAAUUCUGGAAGUUAUUUCUUACCGACCUGUUGUUAAUAAAUCUAACAUAUCUUUAAAUAAACCAGAUUAAUCAUUAAUUAAAUGGAAUCUACUAAUUGAAAAUAAUUUGAUUCAUCGCUUAUCAUAUAAUAAAAAUGAGGCUAUAAUACAUUUAUUUUAAGAUUAAGAAUAAAACAAUGAUAUUGAAUUAACUUCUCUUUUAGAUAAUUUUUAUGACAAAAAAAAAUUUGUAUUAUUUUCUUAGUUUCUGUUAAAAGGGGACCUAACUUAAAAUCUUAAUUAAUGGGGAUAUUACAAAGAUUUCACUUUUAAAAAAUAAAAAGACAAAAAAUAUGAAGAUUAUGAAAUCAUUCUAGAAAGUUAUGAAUUAGAUAUAUUAUAAAAAUUAAUUAAAAAUCUAAAUUCACAGUAAGAUGAAAUACUUUCGAUUCAUUCAGAAAUAAUAGAAUCAUUUUAAACUUAUUUCUAAGUACCUUCAUACAUUUCAAUUAAUAUUAUCUAAGAUCAUCAAUAAGGAUCUGAAAAGCGUUUUUAACAAACUUAUAAAUAGUUGAUCAUCCUAUCAAAUUAUUUUAGACAAUUAUCAAAAUUCAUUGUUUUAAAAUUGGAAUUGCUUACACCUUACUUAGAUUAAUUUAAAAACAAAGAAAAUCAUAAAUAUUUAACUGAAAUUAAAUCAAAAAUUGAUAAAUUUAAAAAUUCAGAACUUACAGAAUUUAUAAAUGAACUUCUAAAAUUCUUUUUCAUAGCAAUUGAAUUUUUAAGUUGUCUCAACGAAAUGAACUUAUUUUUAGAUACUAAGAGUUUUACAGAUUUAGAAAAAAUAAUUUCGAUGUUUGAAAUUGAUAAAUUUUAAAAUAUCUUCGUAACAUUUGAAAAGCAAUUUAAUCAAUUUACUUAAAAUGUAAUAUCAUAUAAAGAAAAUUUUCUAAAAUUUAUUCAACAGGAGUAAAGGAUUCAAUCUAUGAGAAUUCAAAUAAAAGAUUAGAAUAUUUUAUCAAUAGUUGAAUUUAAUUAGGAUGGAGAAUAGAGUAUAAUUAACAAAUUAUAAGAAAUAUUUAUUAAUAAACAUAAGCUAUUUGAUUCAAAAUUAAUAGCUCUAGAAAAUGUCUAAUCAAAUUUGAUUGAUUGUAAAUUUAUUAUCAUAAAUUUAUAAUUAUUAAAAUAAUUCACCAACAUAUAAAGUUAAUAUUUCAUAACAAUUCAGGAAUUGCUGGAAAAUAAUCAUAAAAACACUGACUAAAAUACAGAAAUUUAAAAGUUGGAUUAAUAAUAAAUUGUUAUUGAUAUUUUAACUUAAUAAAUAUAAAAAAUAUAAUCCUUGAUCGAUGGAAAUUUAAAGGAAUCUGAUUAAUAAAGUAUUGAAAUUAAUUUAAAAGGCUUAUUAGCUUAAAUGGAGUCAGAUUUUAAUUUAAUAAAAAGUGAAUUUCAAAAAUUUAAAAAUAACAACAAUCAUCCUUUAUUACUGACAUUAUUAACAAAUGCGUAAUUCAGAAUUCUAUAAAUAUUAAAUUAGAAUGAAAAUGUAUAAAUAUUGCAAGAGAUUUUAGAAGAUUAUUAAAAUAAUUUGAAUGCAAUAAAAUAAAAUACUUAAAUAUCAAUUCAAGAUUUUUAGAAAGGAGAAGGACAGAAUGAGAAAUCUUUUAGUUUAUUUAACAAAUAGUUAGAUAACAAUCAUCUCCUAAUUAGAAAUAUAAAGGAAGUUAAAAAAUAUUAUAAAUACUAUGAAAAAUUAUUAAUGUUUUAAAUAGAACUUAUACUUAGAAAAGACUAACAAAAAAUAGACGAAGAAUAAUAGAUAGGGUAGUAAAGUGAUUAACAGAAUUAGAUUGAAAAAUUAAAAGAAAAGAGAGAACAAUAUUUUAAUAAAAAGGUAAAAGAUUCAAUUGAAAAGCUGAUUAAAAGUUUUGAUGCUUAAGGAAAUACUGCUUCACCAGUCAUAAAUCUAAAAUUUACAAAUUAUUUAAAGUUUUUUGUUUCACUCACUAAUUUUGAAGAAAAUAAAGGAUUAAAAAUUGAUAAAACUUAUUUUUCUAUUUGGUAAAAUAUAAAAAAUACUUACAAGAAUGCUAAAGAAUAAUUUCUUGAUUUAGUAGAUCUUAAAUAUGAUUAUAAAGUAAGAGAAGGGUUGGUCUACAACCUCAUCAGACUAUAAUAAGUAAAUCAAGAAUAAAAAAUAAAAGCAUUCUGUUAGAAACAUCUAUAAUAUUUUUGGGUAUUUGAAAAAGAUCAAAGAGUUAGAAAUCUAUUGAAAAAUAAAGAAUUAGUUGAAAUUUAGAAAUAGCUAUUUACUUAAGAUAUAGAUAAUUUGGCAGACUCAAUUAAAGAUGAAUUGAAGUCAAGAAUGCAAAAAUUAGAUAAUCUGCAAUAAGAAAUUAAGCUUGAAGGAAACUUUUAAAAAAGAGAGGAACUUUAAGUUUAACUAAAGAAAACCUAUCAAGAACUCGAUGAAUCUUUAGAUAAUAUCUCUGAAAUGUCAGAAGCUAUGGAUAUUAGUUUGUUAUUUUUAAAAAGUAUAUCUAUGGAUGUAAAAUAGAUAAAAGCUUCAAUUGAUAAUUUAUAACAUAGUUUAAAUUAAGUAGGAGAUGACAUUCGUAAACUUAGAGGUAAAAGAUAUGAUGAACUAUUAGAAAUAAGAAAAUAAAAGGUAUUAUUAUAAUCCAAACUAACAGAAAUCGACUCAGUAUAUAUUUAACUAACAACAAUUGAAUAUAAUCCUAUAACUGGUGAGAUAAUCAAAUUUUAAGAUAAUGUAAUAGAAACAAAAUUGAUGAGCGAAUAAUAUAAUGACUUUUAAGGAGAAGUCAAUGAAUUUAUUUGGGAUUAAAAUAGCUAAAAAGAUGUCAUGUUACUUUCAGGAAGUGCAGGUUCUGGCAAAAGUAAAGCCGCUAGAAAGAUAGAAGAAUUGGUUUGGAAAUAAAAAGGAAUUUUAUCUAAAUGGAUUCCUAUCUACGUAUCACUUCCAGCUCUGAAAAAUCCUAAAUUUAAUAUAUUUGAAUAGGCAUUAGAAUCUGAAAAUUAUUAAUUUGAUAAAUAUUAGAUUAAGGAAUUUAAAGAAGCUAUAUAAGGAUAAAAAGAAUUCAUAAUUUUAAUACUUGACAGUUAUGAUGAGAUGAAAUAAGAUUGUUUUUAAUCAAAUCUAAUUUUGACAAAUAAAUUGAUUUAAGAAUUCAAUACUCCUAACAAAUAAAUGAAAGUAAUUAUAACAACAAGAAAAGAAAUACUGAAUACUAUUGGAUAUCAAACCUGGUUUUAUGGAGAAAGCUUGUAAACGUUGAAGGAAGUUUAGUUACAAAAUUUUAAUAAAGAAUAAUAAAAUGAAUAUCUAAAUUAAUACGUUGAGUUAAGUGUUAAAAGAAAAAUUAAAGAAGUUUAUGAAUUUGUUAAAUAAAUAGCUGGAUAAAGUUAUGAUUUGGAAGAAUUACUUACUAUUUGGGGUUUAAUUUCUUCAUAAGUUAACCAUUAUAUUAAAAAAUCUUAAAUUUGGGGAUUUGAUGGUAUUUUCUAAAAUAAAGCAGAAGAAUUAAUAAUAGCAAAAAUAAAAUCUCAUAAGAUACUCAAAAUUUUAAAAGAAGAAUAAACAAAUUCACUGAGAAAGGACUUGAUAUCUUUAUGGAGUGCGAAUAAAUUUAAAUAAUCCAUUAAAAGUGUCAAUAUAGAAAAUUUAUUAACUACUCCAUUCAUGUUGGAAAUUGUUGUUUAAGUCUUGCCAAACAUGGCCAAAAAAUAUUCAGGCGCCUAAUAAAUGAAAGAAAUCUUUAUAAAUAACUAUUUAAAGUUGAAAAAAUAAGUGAUGCUUUCAAAAAUUAAGAGAGAAUUGUACCAAAAAUUAAAUUAAUAAUUAUAAUCGAUUGAAGAAAAUGAUGAAUAAUUGCUAAUAUAAGAAAAAGAGAAAGAAUAAUAAUAGAAAAUAGAGUAAGCCAAACUAAUUAAUAUUAUUGAUUUACUUGAUAAUGAGAACUUUUUUUAAAAAUAUUCAAUUUUUAGUCAAUUAAAACAUGAUACAACUACUGUUAUGAUUGAUAACAUUCAUAUCAAAUUAAGUCUCGAUGAUAUUAAAUUUGUGGUAACUGCUUUAUAAAUGAAAAGAUUUACAGUAUUUGAAUUUUAUGAAAGCUUUAUUAACUUUUAUCAUGAAGAAUAAAUUCAAAAAUAAAGGGAAUUGGGUAGAAUAUAUAACUAUGAAAGUUUUGCAUUUGAUAUUUAUGAAUACUCCUAUUCUUUAGCCAUAGAUAUGACUUUAAGAGAAAUAUCUUAAAUAGACUACAAGCCAUUAGGAAAACUUGAUUUAAAAAGUAACUACAAAAUAGAUUAAGUAACUGAUGAUUGGUUGAAGCAAUAUUUUGAUAUUGAGGAUGAGUAUAAAAAAUUAAUUAAGAGUUGCAUUUUGUUAAGUACUAAAGGAAGUAGUUAUUCAUUCACACACAAAUCAAUUCAAGAAUUCUUUGUUGCCAAAUAUAUUUUUGAUCUUUUAACAUCUUUAAAAGGUUUUAGAAGUAAUUUCAUAGAAGACUAGUAGGAAGAUUUUAAGAAAAAUGAACAAAUUUUAAUAAAAUCAGUAUUUAAUCAUCCAAAAUUUAAUAUUUCUACUGAUAACUUUAGAGGGGCCAUAAUGUUUACUAAAGAGCAAUUAAUAAAUAUAGAAACAAUAAAUUCAUAAUUGAUUGAAUUAGUUAAGCAUUCGAGAAUUCCAGGUUUUUGCAGAGCUGCAUCAAAUAGUAUUUUUUUAUUAGCCUAGAUGAAUGUUUAUUUGGGAUCUUAAGAUUUAAAUAGGAUAAAUUUGGCAUAUACGGAUAUUUCAGGCUUAAGUUUAUUUGAUAGUGAUUUAAGCUAUUCAAAAUUUAAUUAUGUUGAAAUUAAUUCAUGCAAUCUUAAUUAUGCUGAUUUGACAAAUGCAGAGUGGACAAAUGUUAUUUGUAAAGAGAAGCCAUUGUUAUAGGGUCAUAAAAAUGGAGUCUUGGAAGUGUAAUUUUCACCAGAUGGUUCAUUCAUUGUAUCUAUAGAAGAAAAUUGUAAGAACAUUAAAUUAUGGGAUGCAGAAAAAUAUCUAUUCAUCAAAGAUUUAGAAGGUCAUACAGAUAAUGUGAAUUCGAUAACAUUUUCAUCAGACUCCUCAAUGCUGUUAUCAGGAAGUGAUGAUUGCACUAUUUUAAGUUGGGAUUUUAAGAAUCCUUAAUAAAUUACUAGUUAAAUUCAAGUGAAAAUAAAUAAUAAAGUCUCAAUAGUUAGGAUAUCUCAAGAUUCAAAAAAAUUGUUUACAACAGACAUAGCCCUAAAUUUCUAUAUUUUCAAUUUACCUAUCAACAGUAAAAUUGAAGAAUGCAUUUAUCAAAUUAGUAGUUGCCUGAUUUUAAAUUUUGUAUUACAUCCCACUGAAGCAAAAGUUGUGUUACUUUAUGAAAGGAAUAUUUUUUUGAAAAUGUAUACAUUAGAAUUAAUAGACAGUGUAAAAUCAUAAUAAUCAUCAUAAAGUUUUGAAUAUCAGUUAGUCUCAACUUACAGUUAAAGAAAUUGUGAAUAAAGUUUAGUAUUUAGCGAUAAUGGGCAAUAUUUUGCCAUUUUAUCUGAAAAUGAAUGGAUUAUUUGGAACUUAAAGGAUAAUCACAUUUAAAUUGAGAUAAGAUUUGAUUUCAAUAAUAUAAUCAAAUUAAGAUCCAUUUUAUUCACCAAAGAUGAUAAUGAAUUAAUUUUUGCUUCAGAAAAAUUUGUGUUUAAGUAGCAAAAAAUUUAAUAUGUAGGGUAAGUAUAGAAAUGUCUUGAAACUUAAAUAUCUCCUAAAGGUAAUAUGGCUGUAAUAAUUUAUGAAAAAUAACUAAAUUUAAUAGAUAUACAUAAUGAUUUAUCAAUUGGGUUAAGAUAGUUUGAUCUUUAACCUAAUAAAAUACAAUUUUCAAAAGAUAGCAAUAAAUUGUCUUUUUGUUAAAUGAUGAGAAAGAAGUUAAAUAAUUUAUGA